AUGACGGGCUUAGUAGCCUUCCUCACGUGUGGCGCCUGCGCAAGUCGUCGCAAACGCGGUCAUCAGAACUUUGCCGAAACAAUUACGAUCCCUACGGCCUCUGGGCAGCCGCAUCACGCCGCGUUGGCGCACCAUCACGGGUACGACGUUGACGGGAUGGUGGAAUUAGGGGGAGAUCGUCAUACUCAUGGAAAUGGUCAUCACAGUGGACGACGUGAGCGACGACCAUCUAAUCCCCGACCGCGAGUGUCAAGUGACCCUAACAGAGUGUCAAGUGGCCCUACCAGAGUGUCGAGUGGACCUGACAGAGUGUCGAGCGGUCCGAACAGAAUGUCGCACGGCGCUCCGCGUAGAAUGUCGAGUGGUUCAGAUAGAGUGUCGAAUGGCUCAGAUAGAAUGUUAAGUGGGCCUGAUAGAGUGUCAAGUGGGCCUGAUAGAAUGACGAGUGGUGCACAACCCCAGCGACCGCGAAAUGGGUCGCGACCACAGAUGUACCAACCACAGCAUCCAGAGCAAAGGCAUGCACAUCCUCAGCAACAAUUACAUGAUCGCCUUGCUAUACACGGCAGUCUUGAACUGGUAUCAAAACCACAGAGUGGAGGCUCGGGCAACUCGGCCAAUGACCGUGACUUGGAGAUCACGGACAAGUCUCGAGAAGUGGCCAAUCGAGUACUUGAACAGUUCCAGGCAGACCCGACACUUAGUAGAAGUCGUAUCCCAUACUCUUCGCUCUAUUUUACUCGAAUACUGAGUAAAGGGGCCUUUGGUGAAGUGUGGCUUGCUCAAUUGGAAAACCGACAAGUGGCUGUCAAGAGAAUUUUGAACGAAAAGAAGAACGAUGUAAGGGAGAUUGAGUGUUUUGGAGCAGAGAUUAAACUCAUGGCUUCCUUCUCACACCCUAAAAUUGUUGAGUUUGUGGGCAUAUCCUGGAGUUCUAUGCAAGAUGUGUGUGCUGUGACGGAGUACAUGGGCAAAGGUGACCUGCAUGGCUUCCUUAAACGCCGACAGGGCCAAUUGAACUGGCGUGACCACAAGAUUUUUCUUUCAGAAGAUGUAGCCGAUGCACUUGGAUACUUGCACGGUUUGUCACCUAAAGUGAUCCAUCGUGAUCUCAAGUCGAAGAAUAUUCUUUUGGAUGACUCGUUCCGUGCAAAGCUCAGUGAUUUUGGAAUCAGUCGAGAACGAGCUGUAGAAGAUACGAUGACGGCAGGGGUGGGCACAAUAUACUGGACAGCACCCGAGGUGCUUAUGGGCAAAAAGUACACGGAAAAGGCCGAUAUCUUCUCCUUUGGUAUUGUCUUGUCGGAGCUGGAUACGCAUGCGGUGCCGUACUCAGACAAGCGUGACAGAUCAGGCAAGAAACUACAGAGCAUGAAGAUCGUGCAGAUGGUGAUCCGAAGAAACAUGAGGCCGACGUUCUCACCGGAAUGCCCGGCUCUUGUGAAGGAGCUGGUGGACCGUUGUCUCGACUCGGAUCCGGACGUACGACCUAGCGCUAUGGAGCUACUGCGGAUCAUUCAGCGCAUGCAGAACCUAUUGUAA